GAGGCUGCUAGUUGGCUAGAUGCAGGGAUUUAGUCUGACGGAUAACGAUGUGAUGGAUUUGGGGUUAAACAAUCUCAUGCACGCGGCAUUGAAUAAUUGAGCAGAAAUGGAUUAUUACAGUUAGUUUUGUUUUACCUGUAGUCCGUUCUGUGUCUGCUUACGACCUAUAUGUUUUACGAGUGGCCAUUGAUACAUAUAUAUCCAAGAUCAAGAUUGAAAGCUAGCUUGAUCGGUAGCAGCAAGAACCACCAGCCACAUCAUCAGCACCGCUGCUUGUUAGUCCGCCACGUUAGCAUCCGUGCGGGUAAACCGCUAUUUAUUCAUUUUUUACAUCCAUCUGGGUCCAAAAGCUUCAUGAUUUAGACUUUUCCUAAAACAAACAAACGUUCGACCUUUUUUUGUGAAGACAUUUAAUAUAAUGGCUGACAGUAUUAUGAGCAAGGCUGCUACUAUGGAGAUCCCAAUUAAUAGCAACGGAGACACCGGGACUCUACCGGAGGAUGACAGCCUGGAGCAGGAUCUGCAGCAGGUGAUGGUGUCUGGACCCAACCUGAAUGAAACCAGCAUUGUAUCAGGUGGUUAUGGGGGACCAGCAGGGGGCAUCAUUCCCACCAGCACCAUCAAAGGCCCAGCAAUUCACUACAAUCCUGAAUAUCUGGACAGAAGACGAGCUCCUGCACCAGGACCAGACAUUCGCAUGAAAUCCAGGGGUGUUAACUUACCUCACAGUCACUCCUCAGCCAGUCGCCUUGCCCACCAGUCAGACCAGCAUCCAGGGUCUUCCAAUCACAGCAUCAGUCCAACUGAAGAGGUUUCUCGAGGUGUAGCCGUGGAAAAAUUGGAUAGUGUAAAGAAAUGGGGAAUUAACACAUAUAAGUGUACAAAGCAGAUGUUCUCUGAGAAGUUUGGCCGCGGCUCACGGACGGUAGACCUGGAACUGGAAGCUCAGAUAGAAUUGCUGAAAGACACCAAGAGCAAGUAUGAGAACAUCCUGAGACUGGCGACUGCGCUCAUCAGCCACUUUCAAAGCAUGGUUGAAACGCAGCAGGCCCUGGGUGACACAUUCACCGACCUGAGCCAGAAGUCCCCUGAGUUGCAGGAUGAGUUUGGGUAUAACGCAGAAACACAAAAGCUGCUGUGUAAAAAUGGCGAGUCUCUGCUUGGUGCCAUCAACUUCUUUGUGUCCAGCGUGAACACACUGGUCAAUAAAACCAUGGAAGAUACUCUGAUCACCAUUAAGCAUUAUGAAAAUGCAAGGCUGGAGUUUGAUGCGUAUCGCUCCGAUCUGGAGGAGCUGAGUAUGGGCCCAAGAGACGCCGCCUCCAUGGUUCGCAUUGAGAUGGCUCAGCACGACUACCAGAUCCACAGAGAUAAAUACGAAAGGCUCCGUAGUGAUGUCACCAUUAAGCUGAAAUUCUUGGAGGAAAAUAAGGUUAAGGUGAUGCACAAGCAGCUGCUUCUUUUCCACAAUGCAACCUCUGCAUACUUUGCUGGCAACCAGCAGCAGUUGGAACAAACUCUAAUACAGUUUAAUGUCAAGCUAAAGCCUCCAGGUUCCGACAAACCGUCCUGGCUGGAGGAGCAGUAAUGAGCACUAAGGGUUGAUCUGACUGACAGAAACACUCUGACAAGUGUCAAAUUUGACGUUGUGGUUAGAUGGACAUGAAAGGAAUGCAUAAAUGAGGGUAUUGUAGUAGUAGCAGGGACAUUUUUUUCUAAGGUUUUUCAGUAUCAUUUAUGAAAUGAAAAAAGGGGAACUUUUCUUGUGUAUACUUUUUUUAUGGUUAGCACAAUCAUUUACACGUGUAUCAUUAAUUUAUGCACAUACUUGUGGUGUCAUGUGGAAAUUCCCCCUCGGCAGUUUUGCAAACAUUAUUAUUUACUGGUUUUCCAUGUGGUUUAAAUAGAACAUCUUUAAAAUGAUUAUGGUUUAAAUAGAACAUCUUAAAUGCAUCUUUAGUGCACAUAGCAGAUUGGAGGAUUUAGAUCAAUUGGAAUAUUAAAAGUACUGCUGUUGAAAGUGUAACAAUAAAUUAUCUCAAAUUGUAUUUAUUUUCAGAACUUUUUACAGAGUUUAAGUAAAAAAAAAUAAAAGCUCAGGCAUCGUUUUUCAAAUUGAUGUGUUUCGCUGGUACUUUCUGGAAUGCCUAAAUGAGCACAUUUUAAACAAAUGUAUAGGGAGGUCUUUUUUUUUUCCAAACAAAAGUCCCAAUCAUGAUUAUUUUGAUCAUCCAAAUUGUUUUGAUGCUCUCAGUCAUGAUUUAAAUUUUAGGACCGUUUCUGGUGUCGUUUUUCAUUUUCUUUUCUUUUCUGACCACAGUUGAUUUGAAAACAGACUUAUCGUCAGUGCACAUGACAAAAGCUUUUUUACUACACACGCCUGUCACAGCUGGUCCCAAAACGAUCCACAUCCAAACGUUGUCGCGACUGUGUCACAGAGAAGGUACUAGUAUGCAACAAAAACAGACUCGUUCUUGAAGUCUCAAGUUCUGAAACAGAAUAAAAAAUGACUGAAUACAAACACCAAAUGCACUUUAGGUUGCAAUGUAUUUUCAAUAUCCUUUACAAGACAGAAUGUAUUAGUACAUUUGUCAUGUUGUGUUAAUCCCUUGUUUGUAUCAUGUGUUAAAGAGAUUUCUUUAAGGUUCUUGUCUGCUUAUUGUGUUUCUCUUGUUCUGUAUUUCCAAUAAAGUGCUGUGUGCUCUGUUCCA